AUGGCCUCUUUCAAUUUCUUCAUCCUAGUGCUUUUCAUUGCUUUGUCAUUUUCAAGCAUCAAUGUUGCCGUAGCAGCUCGCCAUCUUCUGCAAUUGUCACCUCUGUCUUUAGUGCCAAAUUUGCCUAACCCAACGGUGCCUUCUUUGCCUAAACCAACAUUGCCACCAUUGCCUUCUUUGCCAACGCUGCCACAACCUACACUACCAACUUUGCCAACCACUCAGCCUUCAUUGCCUAAACCCACGCUACCUCCACUUCCUAGCCUGCCAACCAUGCCCGCUGUCCCCCAGGUCACCUUGCCUCCGCUGCCAAGCAUCCCCUCCAUCCCCACAAUCCCUACUACAAUUCCCUCAAUCCCUUUCCUCUCCCCACCACCUGGGAACUAG